CAAUUGUAUUUUAGGAUGCUGUGGAUGUCACGAUGUUCGCUGAUAUUACUGCUGACAACGCUAGCGUCGUGCAUGGACGCAACGCAGGAGAAUCGAACGGAGGAUGAGACAACGUCCGGCUUGAUCACCACCGGCGCCCCGACGAUCACGACGGUCCCCGACAUGAACGAAACCGAGCUGGUACCCGCGAAUAAUUCGUCAAACGUUGUAAAAAGCCCGGCCGGGGAGAAUGUUAAGGAUGCGUCCCACGCGACUUCGCCAUCGCCCGACAGCGUUUGGGAGUGUCCAAAUAUUACAAAAGCGGGCGUCGAGUGUUCCUGCGACUUUCCACACACGUUGCGAUGCACCGGCGAUAGAACAACGCUCCAGACUAUCAGCAAACACCUGAGAUCCAGUCGUCCAGGAACCAUUUCGCUUCUCGAUGUGACUGUGGCAGGCAUCUCCCUGUUGCCAGCACGCUUCCUCGAAGAUGUAGCGCUCCACGGACUCGUCGUUUCCACCGGAGAGCUGAGGCGCGUCCACGAGAAUGCGUUCACAGCGUUGGCAAGACCUCUUCAAGCUCUUGGACUUCCUAAUAAUCUCUUAGACACUGUGCCCACGGUGGCCCUGUCUCACCUAGUUGGACUAGAACGACUGGAUUUAUCUCAGAACAAACUGAAGACCCUGGAAGCCGAUUCGUUUAAGGGCAUGUCGAACCUGACAUACUUAGACCUGUGCGACAAUUUAUUAUCGCAAUUGUCGCCGCAAGCUUUCGUCUCUCUACCCUGGCUGCGCUCUUUGAGGAUGCGAGGGAAUCGUUUGAGCGUCUCGGCUCUGUCGGCUCUCAGGGGCUUGAAAAUCCUGGAGGAACUCGAUUUGUCGAACAACUUGUUACUGGGCCCAAUGGGCCCGAACCUUCUUCCUCAGAUGCCACGAUUACGAUUCCUAACCGUGUCGGAAAACGAGCUGAUAAAUAUUCAGCAAGGAGCAUUGAUAGGACUGAGAAACCUCACUUACCUCAGUCUAAGUCACAACCAGAUCGAUGUACUGGAAGACCAUUCCUUUAAAUACUUGUCCACUCUGACCAGACUUGAUCUGGCAAAUAAUCGCAUAGUCGCGGUAUCCAGCGCAUCUUUAGCUCACUUGGAAAAACUGACGACCCUAGACUUAACUCAUAACUUUCUCAGAUCUUUAACCGCCGACUUGGUAGUCCCUCUGAAAAGCCUGCAAGACCUUCGAUUAGAUGACAACGACAUUACUAUGGUGGCCAGCGAUGUACCGACAUCCAAGUUGCGAUUAAAAAAACUGUCCCUAGCUGACAAUCCUCUGAAUUGCGAUUGUACACUUUUAGAAUUCGCUAAUUGGUUAAGUAAUUCGAGUUUAAACGAAGAAGAUAAGUCCUCCGCGGUCUGCGCUACACCGCCAGCUCUGGAGAACGGUAUCCUCACGCAAGUUUCUCCUGGUAGUCUCCUGUGCGGUGAACCAACGCCACCUAUAACUACCAGAGAACCUCCCACCGGAACUCAAUUAACGUUAAAAGAGUUCAACUACGAUAAAUCAACUGGUGUGAACCUUCUUUGGCAUGUGGAGAUGUGCAAUGAACGUUACACAUGUGACAGCCUGAUAGUCUAUGAAACAAUAGGUACCAGCGAGGUCCAGACCGUCUCCAGUUCUCUUCACUGCGAUUCGCGGAUGAUGAGGGAUCCUUGUUUAUUACCAGUGGCUAUACCGGCUUCUUUGAACUUACAACCAGGCCACAAAUACCGUUACUGUGUGGUAAUUCUCGUACCAGGCAGCUACGAUGAAGUAUCUUGGGGUUUGGGUUGCAGUGAUGUACUUCCUCUCGAAGAAACGAAACGUGACUUGCAAAAGGAUCAAGAAACUGCUGUUGUAGAAUCUACAGACACCAGAAUAACUGGAGUGCACGUUAAUGUAUCCGAUCAGGGAUUCCUUCAUGUCGAUGUCAGCUUGUCCACUCCAAAAAAGUCAAAUCUACCCGAAUGCAAAUUGUCUGUCGUUGUCUUUGAUGCUGAAUCUGCAGUGCACAAACAGAUGCUGAAUUGUAGUUUAACAUUUGUAACACUGGAAGUUCUACUGCCUGGUCGCUACAAGGUUUGCGCUAGCCUCGACGAAGUCAACGAAGAAGACGUCAUCGCGAACUUCAGGAGCAACCGGGACCGACUUCGCUGCGUCGAGGUGCAAGGAUUCAAACAGAAUACCGAAAUAAUAGUUCUAGUGAUUAUUGGGGCUGGCUGUGCCCUUCUCAUAGCAUUGGUAUUGCUUGCACGAAGCGUCGUGAAGCGUGUGAGACAUCCUAGAAUACAGACGCAAUGCUUUUUACCUGCCCAGGAGUUUGAAAUCACUCAUAAAGCGCAUUACAUCAAGUUACUAGCCACGACAAAAGUCUGA